ACCGCCGCGAGGCUGACGGGAGAUACCGCUCCGGACCCCACCGCGCAGCCGCCGUGUCGGUCGCUUCGUCGCCGUGGACCGCGGUGGUCGAACUAGUCGCCUACUCCCCCUCCCCACGAGGCCACGACCCAACCUGGGCCGAAAAAAAUCCUGUGCGCGCGGUGCGCACAGAGAGCGGCGUGCGCACCCCCGCACAUCGACGUCCGUCCGGGAUCGGACGAUCGCACCGCGCGCGCUCGCGAUGCACUUCUGCUGCGCACGGCUCGGCUCCCGUCCGGUUCCCGGAAUCGGCUCCUGGACGGACUCCAUAGGGCUUCCUGGACAGCUUCGUCACGGACGGGAAAGGCGGCAUGGCAGCUGUUCUGUCGCCGUCACCGUCGAUCCUCAGAUUAAAUGCUCCUUCUUGGGAUCGUGAAGAAGAGGAACAACAAAUACCGCAUGUUGGGUCAGUGGAGAUUGAAGUACCAGCUGAGAAUGUGGUUGAUAAAUAUGCACUGCUGGCACCUAAAGUUGGAAUGACUUUUGAUGGUGAGGAAAAGGCUUAUAAGAUGUACAAUACCUAUGCUGGAUGUGUUGGGUUCAGUGUUAGAAAGUACAGGACAACGCGCCGCAAAUUAGAUGAUAGUUUAUGUCAGAAAUAUUUUGUUUGCAGUGGCGAAGGACAACGGAAAAAUGAGGCAUCACAAAAGGACAUUACAAGGACCGGUUGUGAUGCUCAUGUCCAGUUUAGUAUCAGCAAGGAGAAUGUAUGGACUGUGCAAAAGGUCAUACUAGAUCACAACCAUUAUCUUGCCAGUCCAAAUAAGACACAUAAGUUGAGGUCCCAACGAGAGAUUAUAGAGGCAGAUAGAAAAUUAAUUGGGCAGGCACGACGAUCUGGAAUGAAGCCAUCCCAAGUUUUCAGUUUCAUGAAGGAGCAUUAUGGAGGGGAAGACAAAGUACCAUUUACUAAGAUGGAUUGCUAUAAUGAAAUUGGUCGCGAGCGCACACCGUACUUAGAAGCCAAUGAUGCACAAACAUUAUCUGAAUAUCUGAGAAAUAAACAAGUCGAGGACCCAACAUUUUUUUAUGCAGUUCAAGUGGACAAGGAAACUGGUCAUAUAGCAAAUUUCUUUUGGGCAGAUGGUCAGUCUAUCAUGGAUUACAAAUGCUUUGGUGAUGCUGUGUCCUUUGACACCACAUUUCAAACAAAUAAGUUUGAAAUGCCUUUUGCUCCAAUUCUUGGCACCAAUCAUCACAAGCAAACAAUAAUUUUUGGGUGUGCACUUAUGUUCAAUGAGACUAUUCCAUCAUUUGUUUGGCUAUUUCAGACCUUUCUAACAGCAAUGUCCGGGAAGCACCCAAGCACAAUUUUCACAGAUCAAGACGCAGCAAUGGCAGCAGCAAUUGCUCAUGUAUUCCCAAACACAGCUCACCGCCUAUGUUUGUGGCAUAUUGGCCAAAAUGCUGUCAAACAUCUUGGUCCUAUAAUUAAAGCGACAGAGGACGAGGUAGAGGACAAGUCAGGUAACAAGUUUUGGGCAGAUUUCAAAAGUUGUAUCUACGAAGACCGAGAAGAGAUUUACUUCACACAGAAAUGGCAUGAAUUGUUGGCUAAAUACAACCUUGAGGAUAACAAAUGGAUGUCAAACCUAUAUGAUUUGAGGGCAAAGUGGGCUGCGGUACACCGUGACUCAUUUACAGCAGACAUUCACUCGACCCAAAGGAGCGAAGGUAUGAACAAUGUCUUCAAGAAAAGAUUUCGUAGGAAACUCGGUCUUUCAGAACUCCUUGUAGAAUGUGAAAAAGUUGUAGUUGAUCUAAGAUCAAAUGAGACGGAUCCUUUCAGAAAUCCACUUUUAUUAUGCAAACAUGCUCUUAGAGUCUACAAUAUGAAUGGAGUAUAUAAUUUGCCAUCCCAAUAUAUACUGCCUAGAUGGACAAAGUAUGCUAAAAGUGGAUUUUAUAUUGAAAAAAAACAAGGAACCGAGGAGGGAGAUUUGAAAACACAGGCAGCACUUAUAUCUCGACAGGCCACAACUCUUGCAUUGAAGUGUUCGUCAUCAAAAGAACUUCUUGAUAAGUUGCAGAAAGCCAUGUAUGACUUGAACUUGGAAGCAGAUACUUAUCUAAGUGAGAUGCAUGAAAAAUCCAAUGAGAUUCCCCCUACUCCAAAUGAAUGUGUCCGACAACCACUAAAUGGUGUAAUAUCAUUCAAAAUCCCUCCAGUCAUAAAAGGUCCAAAGCAAACACGUUUUAAAAAUGUUCUUGAAAAGAACCCAGGGAAGAAGAAGAAGGGUGCCCGGAAGAAAGGUGACGGUUUGGAACAUGUUGAUAUCGAAACAAGAGACGAACAUGCUGAUGCAAACCUAAUUGAUUUUAAUGUUGGUGCAUCUUCAACCAUGAAUGCUCCUUUCGUCCAAGGUGGAUAUGCUAAUGUCACAAUGCCCCAGUUCAAUUUAUUUGCAAAUCCUUCUGCAAUGGCUCCUCCAUACAUACCAGGAGGGUACACAAGUCUCUUAAUGGGAGUUGAUCAAGAUGAUACAACGCAAGCUGCUGUUAGGAAGUUACAUUUUGAUGAAUCUAUGUAGACAUGUUCUCAUGAAAUGAACCAUAAUGUUUUGUAAACAUGAAUUUAUUUUGCUGUCAUGAAAGUAAUCAUUUUGGAUAUUUGGUUUCCCAACAUUAAUUUAUCUUGGCUGUGAUUUCGUCA